CCGAUUGUAGUGGAAGGUUCGAAUCUGCUAAUUGUGACAGAAGUAGUAAUUAUGAAAGGGUGCAAAAUGGGGAAGCUGGAGAAAGUGCCUUUUGAAGAGGCGCUGAACUUGACUGGGUACGGCAAGUUCAACAUCCUGACUUUCAUGCUCUGCGGCAGCAUCAUCAUGGGGAUGUCGUUCGAACUGUUCUCCGUGGCGUACCUGGUGCCAGCCAGCGCCUGCGAGCUCGACACCACCAGCGCACAGCAGGGACUCAUGGCGGCGAUGCCUCUUGUAGGUAUAAUCGCCACAUCCCACUUCUGGGGUUACUUGGCGGACACGCGCGGGCGGAGGAAGGUGCUUUUCAUCUCUAUGGUCAUGAGCUUCGUGGCCGGCGCCGCUUCUGCCUUCUCCCCGAACUGGAUCACUUUUAGCGUGUGGAAGUUCAUUUCUUCUGGCUCUGUGGCAGGUGCCUUCGCGCUGGCCUUCACUUUGCUGAGCGAGUGCAAUCCUGAGGCGAAGCGGUCUUCCCUGCUAGUACUUACUGGCACUGUCUUCUUUUGCUGCAAUGGGGCUAUGGCAGUUAUAGCCAUCCCAAUUCUUCCUCUCCAAUUUUCGUACCAUAUACCAGUUCUCGACAUCUACUUCAACUCCUGGCGACUCCUGGGCAUCUUGUUCUGCAUGCCCUGUGUCAUCAGCGCUAUUGGCCUUCUCUUUGCCUUCGAGAGCCCGAAGUUCUUCCUGAGCGUGGGGAAAGAGGACAAAGCCUUGGAUACCUUGAGGAGUAUGUUCGUGAUCAACACUAAGAAAAGCAGUGAUGAAUUUCCUGUGAUGUCUUUGGCACUAAACGAAGACGACGCACCAGCAGCUGUGAAAGGUUUCUGGUCGUCCAUAGUCACGCAGACCACGCCGCUGUUCAAAGCGCCGCUCUUGAGGAACACCAUACUGUUGUCCAUCAUCUUCGUCAUCACUUAUAUUUGCUUACACCCCUACGUGGUGUGGUUGCCAUACAUCGUGGACGGGUUCAUGCGCUCGGUGCAGCGCGGCGAAGAAGGCCUUACCUUGUGCCAGCGUCUCCAAGCCACGCAGAACAUGACCACUGACGAGAUGGAGAACAAAUGCGCACUGAACGAGUUCGCGAUAACCUUGGUAAUGGGCAUCUUCUUGGUGUUAGCCGUCGUCAACACGGGCAUUUCCAUCCUCAUCAACUACGUCAGCAAGAAGAAGGUUCUUAUCUUCGUGCAGGUCCUAUGCGGGGUGUCAGGGCUGCUGGUGAACAGCACUACGGUGUGGUUCCUGAACGCGAUCUUCUUCAUCAUGUUCCUCUCAGGCAUCAUCAACUUCAACUGCUUGGCCUCUUUCAGUGUUGACAUAUUCCCUACUUAUGUCAAGGCGAUGGCCGUCUGCCUAACCCUGAUGGUGGGUCGAGGUAGCGCCGUGCUGGGCGUCAAUAUCCUGAAGGAGAUGCUCAACACCAGCUGCGAGGCUUCCUUCUACGUGUUUGCGAGCAUUGCUUUAUUGGGUGCAGGUCUCCAAUUCCUCCUGCCAGAGCCACCCCAACGAAAGAAGUGCGCUGAAACUUGAAAAGGAAUCAGAACUCUCCAGGCAGACCAGCUCCUGUGCCAUGACAAGCAAAUAGUUUUAUAGCAUAUUUGUUUUUAUAUCAUGCUAAAAGUAAAACAAAACACGGUAGAAAUGAAAUGAAGGUUGUUUGAUCAAUGUUAUUGAUGUUGAUAAAUGUUAAAAUACUCGAAGUAAGAUAAAGUGUGUUGUUCGGUUGAGGG